AUGAGGACGGAGCCGUUGGACGUCCUCCUUGCCGCGCUGAUAUAUCCUAUGCGCGCACAUUCAAUCGUGGACCUAUCCAACUCUAUCGGUUGGUUCACGACCAUCUUCCCCAUCUUCGUCCCAACUGAGCCCGGCGGCAGAGCCCUAGACACUGUCCGGCAGGUGAAAAAUCAGCGGAAGCAGCUUUCAGCCAACGGAUUGUCGUAUUUUACGUCCAAGUACCAUAAUCACAAUGGGGCGCAAGCCUUUGCGGACCACAUGCCCGUGGAAACUCUGUUCAACUACCUCGGUCUUUAUCAAGGCCUCGAACGCGCAGAUGGCGGUUUCCAGCGGGUUCCAUUUAAUGAGGGCGAUGUCGGACUGGCUGUGCGACGGUACGCGUUGUUCGAGAUAAAUGUCUAUGUGGUGAAUGGAUCAGCCCAUAUCACCGUUGCUUUUAACCAAAAGAUGAAUCAUCGUGAGCGGAUUGAGGCCUGGCUCGCGCUCUACACCGAUGAGCUGGUCGAGCUAAGCCAACAGCUGGCCAAGGCUGACUAUACUCUGACUCGGAGUGACUAUCCCCUCCUCCCAAUUGCCUAUCCUCGGCUGGAUAAAUUCCAAAGCGAAGAACUGCCGCAGUUAGGCUAUCCUAUUGACGCCAUUGAAGACAUAUACCCCUGCUCGCCGCUUCAAGAAUGUGUUCUCCUCAGCCAGGCCCGUCUCGACGGCGCUGGUGCUUACCUUUACCACGCCAUACUGCCACUAGAUUCUGCUGGUGGAGACCCUAGCCGACUCCAAUUCGCGUGGCAGCAGGUCGGCGACCGGCACAGCAUCCUCCGGACGGUAUUCCUGCGACGCAUCACUGACCAACCCUUCGAUCAAAUGGUUCUGGGUAGCCACACGGCAAGGACUCUCUUGCUGGAAGAGGCCGUCUCUGGCAUGGACGCCGUGGAUACAGCCGAGGCCCUUGACUUCUGGGCCAGCCACCUCAGAGGUGUUCAAUCCUGCCAUUUUCCAAACUCGGCUGCCGUCGAUGAUGCCCUGAGUGGACUCCAGAAGGCUUUGCGAGACAUCGAAGUCAAGGUUCCUGACACAGCACGUGUGCGCCGUGGGCCCGUUCAUCAAUGUGCUCGUCUGCGUUGUGAAUCUGAGUCAGUCGGGACGCAAGACGACCAUGAGCAACUCAAGGAGCUGCAGGAAGAGCAUCUCAAGAUCCUGCGUAUCCAACGCCUUGACGUGGACAACAUCAAGGUCGGCGACGUGGCUCUCCGCUAUGUCGAGGGCGAGGAUCCCACCGGGUAUAAUAUCACCGUCAAUGUCGCCGACAAUGACCACGGCUUCACCGUUCAUCUCGGCUAUCUGGCGUCGAGGCUGUCGCCAGAGCACGCAGCGAAUAUCAGCGACGCGCUCUCGGCCGCGAUCUCGUCGAUCGUGUCUGACCCCCAAUCUACCACAAGUUUUGAAAUGGAACGAGACCUUCCCCCCACCGUCAAUGAAUGCAUCCAUGUCCUGGUCGAGCGCAGUGCUGCCGCCGCCCCCGAUGCGCCUGCAGUCGCUUCUUGGGACGGCGAGUUCUCCUACGCGGAGCUCAACAGACAUGCCAACCAGCUUGCGCGCGUGCUCGCAGAGAUGGGCUUCAGCCGAAAAAAUUUGAUCCUUAUUUGUUUUGAGAAGUCCAGCUGUGCUGCUGUCGCCAUGCUCGGCAUCCUCAAAGCCGGGGCUGGCUUUGUGCCGCUGGACCCAGCCCUUCCGCCGGAACGAAUAUCGGCAAUUAUUGCUCAGACGGGCUCUUCUCUAGCCCUGGUCUCUGCGUCAACAUCCAAGAGGAUUGUGAACUUGGUGUCGAGAACCCUUGUCGUCUGGGUGGCUUCGAACAUGUGGCUUGGUAGUGAUGAUAUGGUUAUAGGCUCUGCCUCCCCGCGCAAUAUCGCAUACACAAUUUUCACAUCAGGCAGCACAGGCGUCGCUAAGGGCGUGGUGAUAGAGCAUUCUGCCGUACCAGUUCGCCGCUUAUACAUUUGCGCGUGCAUCCUCGAGAUAUUCACUACGCUCGUCUACGGAGGUUGCAUCUGCAUCCCGUCCGAAGAGGAGCGCAUGAGCGAUAUUGCUGGCUCUAUAAGUCGUCUGCAGGCCAACACAACCUUCCUGACGCCCUCUGUCGUCCGCAUUCUCUGGCCCAACCAGGUCCCAAGCUUGACCACCAUUAUCCUCGGCGGAGAGGCCCUGGAUGCCGAAAACAUUGCCACCUGGGUUGGUGCGAGAAACGACAUUUGUUUGAUAAACGGAUAUGGUCCUACGGAGACCUGCGUCUUCUGCGUAAUGCACACAUUUACCAGCAAGACGCAACGCCACGACGUCCUCGGCCGCACGGUAAGCUCACGGUCCUGGAUUGGGCGCCCUGAGAACCAUAACCAUCUAGCACCUGUUGGAUCUAUUGGUGAACUUCUUGUGGAGGGCGGCACUGUGGCCCGUGGAUAUGUGGGCGACGAGGAAAAAUCCUCCCAAAGCUUCCUCAGCAACCACGAGGCGGCUUCCCGGAUAACCAGAGGCGAGAGACAGGCGGAUCCACGCUUCCACAAGACCAGUGAUCUAGUCCGGUACAAUACUGACGGCACAAUCAGCUACAUUGGGAGAAAGGAUAGGCAGAUUAAACUGCGAGGACAACGAAUUGAGCUUUCCGAAAUCGAGCAUCAGAACAGAGACAGCUUCCACCCAACACGCAGAUUGCGGCGGAGGUCGUGCUUCCACACGGGGAGAAGGAGCAGGCCUUUCUCGCUGCUUUUAUAUGUCAGGCCGACUCGAAUGAUGAACAGAGGGGGCUCCUUGCCGAAUAGACCCCUGAGGUCGCAAGCCAGCUCGGUCAACUGA